CUUGCAAUUUCAUCUACUAAACCCGGGCUCUUGACCCGACACCCGCCGGACCGUGUCUUUCCGUAAAUCGUCCUCGAUUCUUCCGGUGGGCGGAGGAUAUCUUUCACCGAAGCUGGAGCAUGCGUUGAUUGUGACACAUUAUCCACCAUCAUGGCAAGACCUAUCCAGGACUCUGUGGUUCUCAUUGGAGACAGUAUCACUUCUCGUCAAGAGGUUCCUGAUUCACUUCAGGCCCGCUUUGCAGCGGUCUACAGGCGAGACUUCGAUGUUCUGAACAGAGGAUAUGGAGGCUACACUACUCGAUUACUUCUUCCGUUGUUAGACGAAUUCUUGUGUCGAAAAGAGGAAGCCGCAGGUCAGAGCCGAAUCAGGCUGGCGACAGUCUGGCUAGGUACCAACGACGCUGUCGUAUCUGAAGCUCCAACCGGCCAACACGUCCCUCUGGAGGAAUAUGCUGCCAACCUGCACAAAAUCCUCGAUCAUCUAACUUCUGGCGAGAGAUAUCCUAUCGUCCCCAACAUCAUCCUCAUCACACCUCCUCCUUGUUACCCCGGGGCAUCAACACCGCCCAGUACUGAGCGGGACACAAAGAUCACCAAACAGUAUGCAGAGGCUGCUAGAAAGGUUGGUGAAGAGUGGAAAGCCAAAAGUGGUAGAGCAUGGGCGGUCGAAGUGGUCGAUACUUGGGCGGACAUGGUCGAAAAUGUUGGAGAAGGACAGCCCUUGACGAGGUACCUCACUGACGGUGUACAUCUCACCAAGGCUGGGUACGAUGUCGUCUGGGAUGGCGUCGUCAAGGCUAUCAAGCAAGGCGGACUGAAGGAUCGGGGCCUUGACUGGGAGGAUCAAUCGUUGAUGCCUGUGCCAGAGUGAGCGACGAAUAUGCGAGACAUGCUCAUCGUGAACAGCUAUAGUCAAAUUGAUGGUCAGAAUGCCGAGACCGUCAUCAAGGGACUCAAGGGCGAUUACUUCAGACAUCAC